AUGGAUGAAUGCAAGAGGAGCGGGCAAAUACCUGCGUUUGGAAACUGGGAUUACGCAAAUGAGUUGCCAAUCACCCAGUACUUCGAGACUGCCAGACAAGCUGGUUUAGUUCGUUACAGUUCCUCCUCCGGCGAAAGCGACCCUUGCGUGCGUCCCCAUCGCGAUCUCUACGCCGUUGAUCUUAAGAAACCUCUUCGGAACAUGCCACCAUCCACUGUUAAAAAGGCGACAAGGAACAGGGAAAGGAGGUGUGCGCAGGUUAUGGUCAAGGAUAACGAAAAAGAUAGUGUGAAGGUGAACAUGAGGAAGCAGGGAAAAGUGUGCGACGUGACGGAACAGGCAAGGAAGCCAGUGAGGAAAGAAAUGCAUCUACACGACGCCGUUCCGCUCUCUCCGCCACCUCGUGCCGUGAGACCUCCCAAACCUGUCGAUGAAGAUCUCUACAAGAUCCCUCCAGAGCUACUUCGCACAACUAAGCGCAAGAAAAUGCUGGGUUUCAUUUCCAAGUGUCUGGUUCCUGCGGCUUGCGUUUCAUGA